CAUGAACUCUUGUAAAUGAGCAGUUAUAUUGCAUUGAUUGCACCUCAGCAUCUCUAAGACACCACUGCUAUACUACCUGUACAAUAAGUAUCAUAGACAAUACCAGGCAUCGCAAUGUCAACCAUCGGCAUCUUCCCCGCCUCUGGGGGUCUCGGCACCAGCACUUACACCCACCUCCUCAAAGCCGUGCCCGCCUCCAACGUCGUCCUCAUCAGCCGUUACCCGGACAAGACUCCCCAGAUCUACAAGGACCAAGGCGUCCGUCUCCGCCAGGCCUCGUUCGAAUCAUCGCCCGCAGACCUCGAGGCCGCCUUCCGAGACAUCUCCAUCCUGUUCCUCAUCUCCUACCCCAGCCACGUCCACGAGUACCGCUCAGGAUUGCACAUUCCAGCCCUCGACGCCGCCCACAGAGCAGGCGUCAAGCAUGUCUUUUACUCGUCCCUCGCCUUUGCCCUGCCCGACAAGAGCACCACGCUGGCAGAGGUCAUGGGCGCCCACCUCGACACGGAGGCCCAUCUGCGGAAACUCGCCGACCAGGAUCCCAGCUUCUCGUGGACCGCCAUCAGGGAAGGUCUUUAUCACGAAUCAUUCCCCAUUUACACCGCCUUCUUGGACCCAAAGGACGCCGCCACCACCGAGAUUCGCAUUCCCCACGACGGCUCCGGCCCCGGCAUAAGCUGGGCUAAGCGUGACGAGCUGGGCGAGGCAUCAGCAAACCUGAUUGCCCAGUGCUACCAAGACCCAGCUGGCUUCUCCUGGAAGAACAAGCUCGUGGUUCUGACAGGCCCUCGAGAAUGGUCUCUUGCUGAUACCGUCAAGUUGCUUUCUACCGUGGCGGGUAGAGAGCUGACCAUCCGCCCCGUCACAGUGGAUGAGUAUACCGCCCAGCCGCAGGUUGCCGCAAAGUUUGGAUGCAACUCUCUCUCGCGGACAUGGGCAACUGCGUGGGAUGCCAUUCGCGUGGGAGAAACCUCAUAUGUGUCGUCAUCUCUGGAGCAGCUGUUGGGGCGGCGACCUGAAGAGUUUGAUGUUACCAUCAAGAACCUCUACGGUUCACCCGCUGAGAAAUAGCCAAGGCAAAAUAUAGGCAUCUGCUAUUAUAAUACUGUUAUAUAGUUCCUACCAUUACCAUUACUACAAGAUAUACUUAGGAUCCGAAAAAUAUAUAUCUACCUACGU